UCUGAAGUUAUUUUAAAAUUUUUAAAUUUGACAGAGAUGGAUCGCGAGGGAGAAGAGUGCAUCUUAAACGAUGGGGCGGCAGAUCACAGAACUGUUGGCCCUCAAAGUGUUACCGAAGUGCUUAAGGCGGAUUUUGAUGCCAAAUAUAAUAUUGUUGAUAUCCAUACUCCGCUUAAUAAUUUCUUGUCCGCUCAGUACAAACGCAGCUACGCUUACUACUCGCUACUCAAUAUCCUGCCCGUUGUGCUGACCAAAGUUAUUGACUCACUCACAAAAGAUAAGAGUGAAUUGGUCGAACAAUUUGGUGAGAACGUGCGUGACGAACUGAAGAUCAUUAUUGGACUUAUUUCACGACUUAAGUAUGAGUUACAAACGGACAAACCCUUCCAAAAGUUUACUGGCGAUGAGUCAGAUCGCGAAUCAUGGAAUAACUUUUUGGCAAAUCUUCCAAACAAAGCGCGUUCAUUUUAUCAGGCAUGCUGGAUGCACACUGAAUGCUAUAUGUACAGGAAACUCUACUCCUUCGUGGAAAACAGCAUAUUUCUCAAACAGUUCGAUUACUUUGCGAAGAUUAAGCAACAUACACUAACUAGCUGCCAGGAUGAUAUAGUCUCAUUGGCUAAAUACACAAGGCGCACCGAGAGUAAAUUUGAAGCUUUUGAUGAAAUAUUAAAAAUUAACCUCUGGAGCACCCGAAAUGACCUCUCCAAAAACGAAAAUGGUCUCUCGUUUAACAUGAAUGUACUGGAGGAUGUUGCUGUAACCGAUAGCCAUAUUCUCGUCAAUGAAGCCCCCGAAAUAUGGAAGUGCUUGUUGCAUAAAUCGAAAAAAUAUUGUGUCGAUUUUGUGUUGGCCAAUGUGGGCUAUGAACUCUUCACAGACUUUAUUUUGGCCGAGUAUAUCAUCGAAAAAGGAUUCGCUACCAAAAUACGAUUCCAUGUCAAGGCGUGUCCUUGGUUCGUUACCAAUGUAACCCAUCGUGAUUUUCAUAUGAUGCUGGAAUAUCUAAGCAAACACUCUGACUACAACCUCAGUCUGGUUGGCAGAAAGUUUUUGCAAUUUAUGACUGAGGGUAAAUUUGAAUUGGCACCAGUUUCAAAUUUCUGGACCGGCCCAUAUGAGUACCAUUGCAUGAAAACAAUUGAUCCGGAUCUAUAUAAAUUACUGCAACACUCAAAGUUAAUCAUCUUUAAAGGCGAUUUGAAUUAUCGUAAGAUUUUAAGUGAUGUUUGGUGGCAACCGACACAGGAUAUAAAGACCUGCUCGGGCGCAUUCGUACCCAGUAGUUUUUGCACAAUACGCACAGUCAAGGCAGAGAUAAUAUGUGGUCUAUCGGAGGGCAUAUUUGAAAGACUUCAGCUGCUUGACCCACAAUGGAUGGUGACCGGAAAUUAUGGCACAAUUCAAUUUGUGCUAGGCUCUGGAGAAUAUGGCUACUAAUCCCUUAAAAUCUCUAUAUAAGUCUGUUUAAAUUGUAUGUAGCUCUAAUAAUUACAUCUGGAAA